AUCCAACUCAUGUGUUCAACACAUCAUUGAUUGUAAAAAUAACUCAUUGUUUGCUUCCUUUUCCUCUAAGUAUCACAAAAGCAAUGCCGACCAGAUUUAAGAAGACUCGUAAACUUCGUGGACACGUGUCUCACGGUCACGGACGCAUCGGUAAACACCGCAAACAUCCCGGCGGUAGAGGUAAUGCCGGCGGUCAACAUCAUCACCGCAUCUAUUUCGACAAAUAUCAUCCGGGAUAUUUCGGUAAAGUGGGAAUGAGGAACUUCCACUUAAAGCAAACCUCACUCAAGCACUACUGUCCGACCAUAAACAUUGACCGAAUUUGGGCUCUGGUUGGAGACCGCAUGCGAGAGCACUAUAAAACAAGUGCUGACGGAAAGGCACCGGUAGUUGAUGUUGUAAAACACGGAUAUUUCAAAGUGUUAGGCAAAGGAAGACUUCCCAAACAACCCGUUAUAGUGAAGGCAAGGUUUUUCAGUAAAAGUGCCGAACAGAAGAUCAAGUCUGUCGGCGGCGCCUGUGUUCUGACCGCUUAAGAAUUGUACUGAUUUUUGUCAAAAUUUAAUAAAAUGAAUAUUUCGUUAAAUUAUAUGAAACUUAUUUUAUUUAUU